AUGUCUAAGUCAGACUCUCCCAAAGAGCCUGAACAGCUGCGGAAGCUCUUCAUCGGAGGUUUGAGCUUUGAAACAACCGAUGAGAGUCUGAGGAGCCAUUUUGAGCGAUGGGGAUCGCUCACAGAUUGUGUGGUAACGAGGGAUCCACUCACCAUGCGCUCCAGAGGCUUCGGGUGUGUCACACACGCCACUGCGGAGGACGUGGAUGCGGCCACGAGUGCAAGGCCACACAAGGUGGAUGAAAGAGUUGUGGAACCAAAGAGGGCCGUCUCAAGAGAAGAUUCUCAAAGACCUAGUGCCCAAGUACCUGUGAAAAAGAUUUUUGUUGGUGGCAUUACAGAAGACACUGAAGGACCUUGGUGUACCUCAAAAAAAAUUAUUAAAAAAAAAAAAAAAGAAGAAGACACUGAAGGACACCACCUAAAAGAUUAUUUUGAACAGUAUGGGAAUAUUGAAGUGAUUGAAAUCAUGACUGACCGAGGCAGGGGCAAAAAGAGAGGCUUUGCUUUCGUACCCUUUGAUGACCGUGACUCCCUAGACAAGCCUGUCAUUCAGAAACACCACACUGUGACUGGCCACCACUGUGAAGGAAGGAAAGCCCUAUCUAAGCAAGGGAUAGCUAGUGCUUCAUCGGGUCAAAGAGGUCGAAGUGAUUCUGGAAACUUUGGUGGUGGUCGUGGAGGUGGUUUUGGUGGGAAUGACAGCUUUGGUCAUGGAGGAAACUUCAGUGGUCGAGGCGGCUUUGGUGGCAGCCGUGGUGAUGGUGGCUAUGGUGGCCGUGGGGAUGGCUAUUGUGGAUUAGGUAAUGAUGGAAGCAAUUUUGGAGGUGGUGGAAGCUACAGUGAUUUUGGCAGUUACAACAAUCAAUCUUCAAAUUUUGGACCCAUGAAAGGAGGAAACUUUGGAGGCAGAAGUUCUGGCCCCUAUGGUGGUGGAGGCCAAUACUUUGCCAAACCACGAAACCAAGGUGGCUGUGGUGGUUCCAGCAGCAGCAGUAGCCAUGGCAGUGGCAGGAGGUUUUAA